AGGCCGAGGGUCCAUUGAAGGGUCCGAGCUGUCAUCUGCGGGUCCUGCUACCUCUGUGCUUUUUCUCCUCCGCGCCUCCUCCUCAUCUCUCCGGCUGCACCGCUCAGCCUCAUUGCACAUUUUAAUUCAGACCUGUACUGUUAACACUGCGGAGAAGCGGUGGAAUUAGAAGCUUUUUCAGCAAAUAAGAAGACGCAAGAAUGAGGCUGGAGAGGGGGUGGCUGUGCACUGCUCUGCUCCUGUCCCUGGUGCUGGCUUUGGGAUGGGCCCACGAGGAUUCAGAGGCCGACGUGGAGGUGGAGGACAGUCUGGGUCUGGAUGAAGAAGAAAUGAGGGUCCUAAUGUCUGAGGAUGAAGCGAUAGCCAAAAGAACGAGCAUGGCUAACAAAAAGGCAGCCACCGCUACUGCAGAUGCCAAUAUCUCCUUCCAGGUAAUAUACAAGACUCCUGUGCCCACCGGUGAGGUCUACUUUGCAGAGACAUUUGAUGAUGGGUCCCUGGACGGGUGGCAGCUGUCAAAGACGGUGAAAGGAGACGCAGAUGAUGAGAUAGCAAAAUAUGAUGGGAAGUGGUCUGUGGAGGUGCUGAAGGAGAAUAAGGUUCCUGGAGACAAAGGUCUGGUCUUGAAGUCCAGAGCAAAACAUCACGCCAUCGCUGCUCUUCUCAACAAACCCUUUGUGUUCAAAGACGAGCCUCUCGUGGUCCAAUAUGAAGUCAAUUUCCAAGAUGGCAUUGACUGUGGUGGUGCAUACAUCAAACUACUGUCAGAUGAAGGAGAUCUAAAUCUGGAGCAGUUUCACGACCGCACCCCUUACACCAUCAUGUUUGGGCCGGACAAAUGUGGAGAGGAUUACAAACUUCACUUUAUCUUCAGACACGAAAACCCUCUGAACAAAGACAUCGAGGAGAAACACGCCAAGAGAGCUGAUGUCGACCUGAAGAAGUUUUACACUGACAAGAAGACGCAUCUGUACACACUGGUCCUAAACCCAGAUAACAGCUAUGAGAUGUUCAUUGACCAGUCCAGUGUGAGUCGUGGGAACCUGCUUCAUGAUGUGGUUCCUCCAGUGAACCCUCCACGUGAGAUCGAUGACCCAACAGACUCCAAACCUGAGGACUGGGACGAGAGGGCCAAGAUCCCUGACCCAGAGGCAGUCAAGCCAGAAGACUGGGAUGAGGAAGCACCUGCAAAGAUUGAAGACCCCGAUGCCCUGAAACCAGAGGGCUGGCUCGACGAUGAACCUGAAUUUGUCCCUGACCCCAGUGCUGAGAAACCAGAGGACUGGGAUGAGGAGAUGGAUGGUGAAUGGGAGGCCCCUCAGAUCCCAAACCCGACCUGUGAGACUGCCACCGGCUGUGGGAAGUGGAAACGGCCCAUGAUCAACAAUCCCAAAUAUAAGGGCAAGUGGAAGGCUCCUCUAGUGGACAACCCCAACUAUCAGGGGGUGUGGAAGCCGCGUAAAAUCCAGAACCCAGAGUUUUUCGAGGACCUGCACCCCUUCAGGAUGCGCCCGUUCAGAGCCAUUGGUCUGGAGCUGUGGUCCAUGACAUCAGACAUUUACUUUGACAACUUCAUCAUCACAUCUCACAAAGAGGUGGCUGACCGCUGGGCCUCCGACAGCUGGGGGCUCAAGAAACUCGUGGCCAGUGCGAAUGAGCCCGGAAUCGUGGCUCAGCUGAUGAUUGCUGCAGAGGAGCGUCCCUGGCUCUGGGUCGUCUAUAUACUCACUGUUGGGCUUCCUGUGGGGCUGGUUGUGCUCUUCUGUUGGCCAAAGAAAACAGAAGAUGAGUACGUCUAUAAGAAGGUAGAUGUUCCUAAUGAGGAUGUAGAGGAGGAGGAGGAGGAAGAGGAAGACGAAGCAGUCCUUGGUGAAGAACAAGGACCAGAAAAUGGGGACGCGACACAGGCUGAAGUUGUAGAAGAAGAGGAGGAAGAGGAGGAAGUCAACGGUCUUUCAGGAGAUGAGGAAGAGGAAGAGGAGGGAGAGGACGAAACCAAAACGCCAGAGAGAACAACAGAUGACGUGUGUAAAGGCGACAGCGGUGCUGCGGAAGAGGGUCAGAAACAGUCUGUGAGAAAGCGGAGGGUUCGUAAAGACUGAGGUGAACCCGGGGAUCACUACUGCCCCCUAAUGUCCCAUCUGAGGAGAAGCAUCACUGCUGUUGCACUUCCACUCUGUCUGUGAGCAGAGCAGUACAAACCUCCUCAAAAACACCUGGAAGCCUGCCCCAUUGUCUCUCCUGUGUCCUGCAGUAUAAAGCAACCUCAUCCAAUUCAUAUUCUUACUUCUAGGUCCAUUAAACACUAAAUUCCACAAUUCUCAAAAUAUUUACACAAACGGACAAUUCAUGAUGCAUUUAGCUUUCAUUUUCCAUCUAUACCCAACCCACACCAAGAAUAAACCAGGACUAACCCAGGUCUAAACUUGGACUACAUCAAGACUUGAAAUGGAAUGUUGACUUUAAAUAUAUGUGUGUGUUUUGCCAUCUUUUUGCCAUCUUAAUAUUUUCAUCUUGUUGAACAUAAACAUUGCAAGUACCUACAAUUCCAAAAUUUGCCUUGGAUCAACAUAAAAGAAUUUGAGAAAAGUAACAUAAUACAUCCAUUUAAAGUUAACAUUUUUGUGUGCAUUUAAAGUAAGAAGACAAUUUGAGAACAGUUAGUCUUUCUUUCAAGUGAGAUUGUAUUAUUAUUGUUUUUUUAUUUUUUAUUUAAUUGCUCAUAGCUCUGCCCCACCCCUUUCUCCUCUUACUUUACUUCAUAUACGACUCAUCCCAUCUAAAGCUGAUGAACUUCUAGGCAUUAAGGGUCCCAUAGUGCUCAGUUAUGGACUCUAGGAUUCAUUAUAACAUCAUAUUAUAGGAGCUACUACCAUGUUAUGAAUGAUAUUGUAUCAUACCACUUUUAUCAUGUUAAGGAUCCCAUUCAACUUUCUUCUAUAUCAUGUGUUUUUAAAUAGUUGGCAAGAGGUUGCCAGGUUGUGAGGGGGAAAAAAGCUGUUUUGUUUUGCAGAUUUUUGGGGCAUUUGUGCUGAAAAGGAGCUUCAGCUUAUAGGUUUUAAGAAUUACCUCUUUUAACAUUGAUGUUUUUGUUUAGAUGUUAGCUUAGUUUGUUAGAAGAGCCACUAUUCUGUCUGAUUUUAAGUUAUAGCUGGAUUGGCACUGAUGAUCAUAUUUAUUUAGUUUGAUGCCUGUAGUAUUAAAAACACAUUGUUUUGAAUGAUUUGAGGCAGACUUCACCAACUCUAGGCGUACUAGAAGCUGGGGAUGUAUUUUAUAGAAAAGACUGCUUUGGCCUAUAUGAAAUAGAAUUGCCUCUACCUAGUUCGAAGAUAUGUCCGUUUCUCAAUACACACCAAUGCACUCCCAGUCCUCUUCCGUAGCUGGAUUUCUGAUCCGAGAUUGUCGACUGGGAAAAUGUUGAAGUUAUUAGGUUUUUUUUAUUAUUGUUGCUUUUAUAGUUGAUAUUUUGGCCAGGAGUUGGCGAAUGUUCCUGUUUACAUUUGUUUGCAAAAUUGUACAUUGCUCUGAAAAAUAAAAUUAUUUAAUACAAAAUAUUGUAUGUACUACCUAAAUAUUAAGAUUAAACUACGGUACAUAUGG